UAUCAAGCCCUCCGCAGUUGUCAACUCCAGAGGUCGAAAAUCCGAAGCGUGCUCAGUAGUAUUUUAUGGGGCCUUGUUCAUGAAUUUGAGUUGUUCAUAUUGCCGUAGGCUGCAGCCCCGUCCCGCAGGCGCGGCAUCGCGGAUGACCGUGACAACGCCAUUGAAUCGUAACAUUGUCCAGAGUAGUGAAAAUUGGGGAGGCUGCAGGCGUCGGUGACGGCGAUGAGCAUUGGGGGCGGUAAUUAUUGGAGUCCGUCGAGUUCUAAGCUGGCGUUUUCAUCGACAAGUCUCCCGCGACUGGUACUAAUGUAAGACACUUAGUUGACUGAUGGCUCUGGAGAAUUUCGCCGCACGUUCCAAAAGCUGAGGUCGGCAACCGAGGCUCUCCUGUCACCGCCGUUGGAUGGAACAUAAAAAGAAGGGACGCAUAAGGCUUGCUGUCCCAUUGCGAACGCAUCGCGAAAGGGAUUAUACAGGACUUCGUAUUGAUUGUGAACGUCAUAUGUCGCGACCGUAAUUGACGAGUAAGACAGCGCACUUCGCGGAUGGAAGUUUGCGAUACAAAUUAGUGGCCCGAAGGGUGACCCGCGAAUAAGAGAUGUCGAAACGUCGAGAAAAGCUUUAUGUUCGCUAUCUGCUCGUACUGCGGGACUCGGAGGCAAGUGGAAGAGGGCGAAUUCCUGAAGCGAUAGGAACUCGAGGGCGCAGCGAGAAGAAUGAGAGAAGGUGAAGGCGUAAACCAGUAAUUUUGCGGAUGAUAAACUGUGUCAGAAUAGACUGGAAUACGGUUUUUGCAGCCUAGACCGAAGAUCGUCAAGUAUUAUUGGACAAAGGCAGUGGAUCGCGCCCCUUCUAAUGCCACUAUCAGGACAAUGGCAACGCUUCCCUGCUAUGGAUGGUGCAUGUAACAAGGUUCUCGAAGUUGGGGCGGGUGAUUGGCCUUUGAGCACGCGGGACGUUCCUGAUAGCCACGUCUCUCGGCUCGUUUGCAAAAAGCAUGCGAUUGGAAAGAUGUUCGCCCAGACUUGCGGGCAGUCCUCCUACUCCACUCCUACUCCAGCAACGACAAGUUUUCGUGUAAUUGUUCCAGAGAGGGUAUCGAAUUACUGACAGCGGGAACUGCGAAUGGCUGCGACCAGGGUGAGACACCUGAUGAUAGCUAUCCCACUGUGUGUCGAGAAGAGAAAACAACGUAUGCGUAUCUUGAAGAUGAGGGUGCCGCAGCAAGCUGAGAUGCGGGAUGGUGUCGAGUCUGAGGUGAGAUUACGGGUACUGUCCCAUCGUUGCCAUGAACCUAGUGCACAGUUGUCGUCCUCAUGCGGGAAGAGCCUAAACCCUCGUGCGACGCACUGUCCAUCCCUGCGUAUGUCCGAAGCGAGACCUUCUUGAAGGAUAAGGGCUAUGUCGCUGGCGACUUUCAGAAUGUUCCUACUACAACAGCUCCAGUGUUCGUCUAACGCGACUAGUUUUUCAUAAUUUCAAGCUUCGCUUUGGCAGCGGGAAUGUACGAGAAACAGCAACUUGAAAGACAGGCCGGUGUAGGAGACCAUGUUAGG